AUGAAUACCGGGACGUCGAAGAAAACCGCGCUGUUAUGGACGGUCGCGGUGGCCCUGUCGUUGGCUCGGCCCGGCCACGGUAUGGCGCUCACGGUUUUCCAGGCGGUGGUCGAGUACUACCGGAUGUUGGCGCCGGAACCGCCGGACGCGGUGCCGAACGCCGACCGCCUGGACAGGCAGUACGAUUUCGUGGUUAUAGGCGCGGGUUCCGGCGGAUCGGUGGUAGCCAACCGGCUAACCGAGGUAGCCGGCUGGACGGUGUUGCUGGUCGAGGCGGGUGGCGAAGAGAACUCGAUGACGGACGUGCCGCUGUUGGUCAGCUACCUCAUCGGUACCGGGUUCGACUGGGACUACCGCACCGAGCCGCAGGCCGGCGCGUGCGGCGCGAUGGUUGACCGCAAGUGCCGGUGGCCCAGAGGUAAGGUCAUGGGUGGCACCAGCGUCAUCAACUACAUGAUGUACACGCGCGGCGCACCCGAGGACUACGACAACUGGGCCCGGGCCGGGAACGCCGGAUGGAGUUACGCGGACGUGCUUCCUUACUUCAAAAAGUCCGAGAACGUCGACGGCCGAUUGUCCAGGUCGCCGUACCACAGCCAGGGUGGUUACCUCAAGGUCCAGGAGCCGGCGUGGAAGACGCCUCUGGGAUCGGUGUUUCUGAGGGCCGGCCGGGAGCUCGGGUACGAUGCACCGGUCGAUUAUAACGGCCCGCGGCCCGGGGGCUUUGCGUACGUGAUGGCCACCACGGAUCGCGGGGCCCGGUGCAGCGCUUCGAAGGCGUUCUUGCGGCCCAUCAGAGACAGGCCCAACCUGACUGUCUCCAAGCGGUCCCUGGUCACCAAGAUAUUAAUCGAUCCGGAGACGCGACAGGCCUACGGUGUCAAGUUCGUCAAGGACCAACGGACCACCGUGGUGUACGCCCGCAAAGAAGUCGUUCUUAGCGCCGGAUCGCUGAACUCGCCGCAAGUGCUCAUGUUAUCCGGCGUGGGACCGGCCGAACAUUUGCAGGCCGUCGGCGUGCCCGUGGUCAAAGACCUCAAGGUGGGCUACAACCUGCAAGAUCACGUGUCCAUGGCCGGUCUGGUGUUUCUGGUCAACCAGUCGGUCACCAUCGUAGAGAGCCGGUACCGGCACCCCAAGUACCUGGUGCAGUAUGCGCUCGACGGUGACGGGCCGUACACCAUACCGGGAGGCGCCGAGGCGUUGGCGUUCACGGCCACCCGGUACGCCACCAACGGGUCCGCCGCAGCGGAUGUGGUGCCCGACAUGGAACUGGUGUUCGGACCCGGGGCCCUGACCGGUGACACGGGCGGCUCGUUACACCGGCUGUUCAACAUGCGCGAAGACUUUUACGAACGGGUGUACGGCGGAUUCCGGGGACGUGACGCUUGGGGCCUGGUGCCCAUUCUGCUAAGGCCCCGUAGCCGCGGCCGCGUCAUGUUACGGUCCGCCAACCCGUUUCACGCGCCGCUCUUCUAUUCCGGAUAUCUGACCGACAGACGGGACCGCGACGUGCUCGUCGAGGGCAUAAAACAGGUACGUGGUCGAAACGUUCUCUUUCCGACAGUUGUGCAGGGCGUGUAAUAGAUCUAAAAUGAGAAAUCCCCGUUUAGAGCACGCACAGUUUGAAGCUAACACCGAAUUGAAAACCCGACGAAAAUGUUUUAAUCGUAUUGCGUGUGUUUGAGAUCGUUCCCACGACGUCCCGCGGUUAGUGUGUUUCGGUGCGUCGGUUUAGUCGAAUUUCAGACAUUUUGUUCACGAGUAAUUUUAGAUUGUGAUUCAAAACGCAACUUGGGAUCCGCAUUAUACGUGUUAUACAAUUCGAAUAGGAAAUGUCCGUUUAAUUUGCUAUGUUAUAAUAUUACAACAAAUAUCAUAAAAAAAAAAAACCGACGUCUCGGUGUCCCUCUUUUGUAAAAACACAAUUUACGGUAAACGAUAUCGAAAUCGUUCAAAUGGGAGAGGGGGGGGGAUUUUCUUUUUCUUUCGGGAAACGUCCAUAUUCUAUAUUUUAAUAAAUACACUGUGCGUGGGUACCCUGGUUGGCCAUUGUUAAAAACAUACAGCCAAAAAUACCCGGGCGGCCGGGCAUAUGAUUGUAGUACCAAAUCGUACGAUAUUAUUAUUAAUUUUUUUUUUUUUUUUGAAAACGAUGUUAAACUUCUCUCUCUCAUACACAUACACACACACACACGCAUACCGUUAUUAUCUAACGUCCAUUUCUCCACGAGUCAACACGGUCCGUGUGAAAACGUCUGAAAUGGAAAAAAAUUUGAUAGGUAUUAGGUAUAUAAAUCGAAUUUAUUACCGUCGUUACGUUCGGUAAAUCAGUUUUAUGCAAAUCGAUCGCGGGCAAUUGAAUUCCUAUUUAAAUUGCUUCGCGCGUUGUUUUAUGUGCGCAUAUCGAUGUUGUUCGUUUAACGUCCCGCGGGAACAAUGGUGAAUUAACAUACAAUACGGUCUUGUCAAUAAAUUACACUAGAAACGUUCAGAAUCGAAUCUGUCCUCCUCAAAGGUGUUGCUGUUGUUGUGCCGGGUCACAAUGUAAUUAAUGUCAAACAAUUCGAGAGACGUAAUACGUAUCCAAUCGUCUACAAUAUUAUUAGCCGACUCGUUUUGGGACGGAUGAUUAAAAUUUAAAACAAUACGCAGUGGCGUAGCCAGGAUUAUGAUCAAUUAGAAGGGGGGGUUACAUAGGCGCGGAUAGACCACCAACUUUGGGGAUGAUAAAAUUAUGGACACAUCAAUGGACCCAUGGAGGAUAUGCGCCCCACGUACCCCUUUUAUACGACUCUUACAGUAAGCAACUGCACAUUUCAUUUACAAUUUUGUAUAUAAAAAUUGAUCAUAACUAUUUUUCACACACAUUUACAUUGUCUAUAUCGAAUAUCUGUAUUUUGUUCUGCUCAUUAAUUAUAAAAUACAGGAAUAAAAUAUUUAUUCGUUGUUAUGAAAAAGUUGAUUGGGUUUUUUUGGGGGGGAAAGGUGCUAAUUUUAAACUUGGGGUACUGAAGACUUCCUAGCACCCCCUAGUUGAGCCUACGCCUUCUUAACGUUGUUUAUAGCUACAAAAAGAAGUUAACGAAUUCAUCAAUUCGACUAGGUUAAGUUAAAAUCGUAUUAAAUUCUAUAUUAACUGAAUAUCGGGUUAGUUUUAUUUUAUACGUGGGUACAGUAAUACACUGUGUCGUGUAUACAAUGAAAAUUAUAUAAUUUUUUAACCACGUACCAAAGUUGGAUUGAUUAUGAUUAUUAUAUUAUGGUUAAGGAAAACCAAAAAAAAAUUAACUUCUUUUGAACUAGUUAACUAGUUAUGAGUAACAUUACUAUAAUUAGGUAUAUUAUUGUACUAUUAUUGUAUUCGGUGAUUUUUUUUUUUUUUACAAUCGUGCCAUGUAAUGAAAUUAUCAGCCGUAUAAAGUAUAAUAAAUUAUAAAAAAAAAAAAAAUACAAAAACCCGUUUUGUUAACAAGGACACUGAAAUAUUAUUAUCGUUUUACACGCGCCAUAUACGAGCGCGAUGAUUUCAAGACGCGCCGACGACGUCUUUUGUAAUAAUGUCGCUGUUCCCGAGUGCGACAGACAAACACGGUGUUAUCGGUUUACAAUAUCAUUCUGAAAAAACAAAAACUGAAUAAUCGUUUUGGCACACUCGCGGUGUAGUGAUAACACGACGACCCGAUGGCCGGAUUGUCUGCGUAACGUUAUACUCUAAUUCUCUGUACGUACGACGUUGUGUCCGUGUUACGACAAUACGACGGCGGCGUUCGCGUGCUCGUGUUGCCGGGGUUUAAUCGACCAAUAGGCCGCGAAAUGGCUGCAACCUAACGGACGGGAGGGGUGCGCAACGAAACAAUUUUUUUUUUUUUUUCUAUAUAAUAGAUUUCGCUUAAUGCGGGCACGUCGGGACCAAUUACGUUUGCCGAUAGUGACGUUUGAACACUAAGGGCACGUGGGGCGCGAGCCCGGGACCCCGGCCUGACGGGGGCCCGAAAAAAAAAUUUUCAUCUUUACGUUAUAACGUAUUGACGCGACUUUCUUCAGCUAAAUGUUUGACUGUCGGCCUUCAAUGUUAAGUUAUGAUUUACAAAUACAGAUAGUUAAAUUCUGUUUACUCAAAAUGUAAAUGUUUCAAAAACGACGAUUACCCCUUAUAUACGUGCAAUAAACACGUUGAUUGCUGUACAGACUGCAGCAGCGGCUGGCGGCUGCACAGUUAUUAUUAACUGUUGUUAAUAGUUAAUUAAUAAUUUAUUAAAGUAGAUAAAAAGUGACUAUUAGGUAAUUUAAUGAUAAGAAUGAUGAUAGUAAUAAUAAUAAUGUAAUUAUAAUUAAAAAGAUUUUUUAAAUCUUGUAACUACAAGUUGAUUUUUUUUUUUAAUAUUUAUUUUUUAAAGCCUAAAAAAACCGCUAUGUUGUUCAUAAAAGUCUAUGUACGUAUCAAAUAUCUGUUUAAGAUUAAAAAGAUGAUUUUUUCUCAUAUGUGAUUAACCAAAAAUUAAUAUUGGUUUUUUCAUUCGCGUUAUUUUUUAGCUUCUAAAAGGGACUCCAGACUCUGAGUACCCAAGGCCCUCUGCAUAGUUAAGAACGACACUUUUUGCCCACAUUAAGUGUUUGCCCAUUUAACCGAUAUGAGUAUCGUUAUACAUCAUUAUACAAAAAUCAUUGCCAAAUCAAACCCAGCCUACUGGAGCCAAAUCCAUUAAUCAGGCCGUUCCAUUUGUAUUUAAAAAAAAAAAAAAACAACCUUUCCGUUAUAAUACUCAUAUACACAUAAAGUAAUGUAUAUUCAUUAUACAUUGACAUGCUCGUCUAUUAUUGUUUUUUUGGAUUAGACGACGAAAAUAUCGUUUGUAUACGAAUCAUUGAUAAUUGCGGAAAUUGGACGUAUCCACUUUUUUUGAGAAAUUCAGCUAUCGCGUGAUUUGUAUUUAUCUACCUUAAAUACAUUUUUUGUGUAAGGAUAGGGCCGGUUCGUCAAACCAUUAUGAAAAUAUCGUCCACUAAAGUCAGUGUUUGGGACAGACAAGAAACAAGUCAAAGACAUAUGCUAGUUUUCUAGGCCUUCCUAAGAAAUUUAGUUUCAUGGGCUUGUUUCCUUUCUGGAAUUAGUAAUUCAUAUAAUUUAUAAUGAAACAUCGUUACUGCCGGCAUACUCUAUACGCACUGGCAUAUAAAACCUAAUACAAGUUAGAUACAAUAUUUUUAAACUACAUUUUUAACCGAACGCAAAUAUUUGAAAAGUUAAACGCGAAAUUCAUUAUAAGUUUAAUUUAGUGGUAAAAAAGAAAGUCAAUCGUAAUGUAAUGAUUUUUUUUAAACAAGCGUUUUAAGAUUAAUUUUUUAUGAAAAUCUUAAAAAUUACGGCAUUUUUUGUUACAUUUUAAACUCUCAAAGUACAUUGGUUAUCAGUGUUUAGCAUUAUCUAGAUAUAUAAUGAAUUACCUUUUAUCUUAUCUAGAUAAUAAACAAAAUUAGUUAUUUGAUGAAUUAUCUUAAAUGAAUAAUUGAUUUAUCUAACGCAAUCUAGAUAAAUUUAUCUAAAUAAAUAAAUAUAUUUACCUAUUCGAAAAAUUCGAAAAAUAACAUAGAAUUUGAAAGUUAUGAACCCAUGUCUUAUUAUUAAACCAUCCUUGUACAAAUACAGAACAAAAUCAAAAACAUAAAGUAGUAUGUAAUAAUAUUAUCCGGGUCGCUUAUUUAUGUUAUUUCUGAAUUCUAAUUAUAUCUGGGCCGAUAUAGCGAAAUCUACAGGCUACGACCGAAUAGGUUGGUCUAAACGGAGUUGACUGAGUUGACUGCUUAUAGAUUUUUUUUAUAAUUAUCAAAUUAACAAUUAAGUUCAAUUCAAUAUUAUAAAUGAUUAAAAAAUGUAUACAUUGUACCCAACCUUCAAAAAUAAACAUUAGAAUACUGCUAGUAUUAUUUACUGACAAAAGUAAAUAAAUAUAAAAUAAUUGUUAAUCAAUAAAAAUUAAUCUUAAAAUUUGAAUGAAAUAAUAUAUUCUAAAUGGUUUUAUAAUUAUUGAAUAUUAUAUACCUAUUCGAUUUUUAAGAUCAAAAUUAAGUUCAUUUUAUUUUAUUUUAUUUUUUAAGUAGAAAUCGACAACAAUUUUUUAGAUUAAUCAAUAAAAUUAAAACAAUUUUAUUUUUUUUUUCAUCCAGAUAAAUAGUGUUUUAUCUUUUAUCUUUUAUCUUUUUCUAGAUAAUUUAGAUUUUAACUGUCUUUUAUCUCUAUCUAGAUAAAUUGUAUCUAAUUUUCUUUUAUCUUUAUCUAGAUAAAUUUUUGGUUAUCUUUGCGCAACGUUGUUGGUUAUGAAAAUAUUCCCACAUUCAUUUAGAAAUGUUGUAUUAAUGGUUCACGGAGUUCUUGACGAGUAAAAAAUAAUGUGUCACUAUCAUACAGCAUUGAGUCACUACGGUCAAUGUUGAACUAAACGUAUCACCUUGAAAGUCGAAACGGGUACCUGCUGAAGUCUGGAGUGACCUCUUUAGUCUUAAACAAUUAAUAGCACAUUAUACUUACUUCAAAUUCGAAUAUGACAUUUUAGUCAUUAAUAAUAUAUUUCGGAUAUUACAAAGAGAAAUGGGAUAAUAAUAUAUAAUAUUCGGUUCUAUGACGAGUUGUACAGCCGGUAAAAGUGCAAGGCGAAUAGUGUUGUAUUUUUAAAUUUUUUUUUUUAUAUAUACAUUCUACAUUCAAAUAUACAACUAUUACUAAGUAUAUUGUAUACCUAAACGGUAAGAAGGUCGUUUGUAGACAAAUAAUAUUGAGUAGCUACUUACUUACAUACGUGAUAUUUAUUCUAGAAAUUAUUUCAACAGUUAUUGUUGUAUGAAAUUAGAUAGCUUAGUUAUUUAAAAAACAAAAAAAAACCGUUUUACUUAAUUCAGUUAAAAAUUGUCCAUUUUUACAAAUAAUUUCUAUGGGUGUAGGAAAGUUCGUUCUCCGAGGAUUUCGGUUAAAAUUGUAUAACAUUUCAACCAUACAAUUUAAACAGGCCUUUUUUUUAUCGUACUAAAGGCAUGGUUUUUUCUCAUUUAAUUACAAUUCCUACAAGUAUACCAAUAGUAUCAGUGUGUCUACAAAUAUAAAGCCUAUAUUCCAGCCUAAUGUUGUAGCACAUGAGUUCUAUACUUACAAAGCAUCGGUUUUCGGUGCACACUCGACUCGAUAAAACCUAAUCUAACCUUAACCUUACUCGCAUUAUUUUGUCAUUUUUCAGGCAAUCACGGUGAGCAAGACUCGUGCAUUCCAAAAAUACGGUUCCACGCUGUUGUCUGUGCCGUUCCCUGGCUGCGAACACCAACCGUUCGGGUCUGACAGCUACUGGGCGUGUGCCGUGGGACAACUGACCACCAACCUUCAUCACCAGGUGGGCACGUGCAAGAUGGGACCAGACUGGGACCCGGACGCGGUAGUCGAUCCCAAGCUCAGGGUCCGCGGCAUAAAAGGUCUCCGGGUGGUCGACGCUUCGAUUAUGCCGCUCAUACCAGGCGGACACACCAACUCGAUGGCGAUCAUGAUCGGUGAAAAGGCGGCCGACAUGAUCAAAGAGACUUGGCUGAAUUGAGAAUACAAUACCAUUCGGUGGGUACCUACGGGGUAGUAGCCCAGAUUAGGUUAGGUUGUGCGUGUGCUGCAUGAAUGCGAAUGACACCGCCGAGCACACGGCAUUUGAGUGCUCGAGGCGCAAUUAUAUAGUAGUCCUGGGUACCCGGAUGACCGGAAUUCUUAUCCUGAGGACACCCUGGACCUCCUAUGUAAUUCUCCUGCAGUUGCGUGGUGACAACGCACUGUUUGAUAACACGAAACUGACGGGCGCGACGCUCCAGUUCAGAUGUGCCUUCCCCGCUUUGAUCGACAGUAGGAUUAUGGUAAGGAAGAAAAAAUAUGAGAGGGCGAGGCUGAUUAGAAAAUAUAAACAAGAGGAAAACUUUGUUUAUAUUUUACACCUAGUGUAAAGUUGUGAAAAUAAUGUUGAUACAAAACGGUAUGUGCCAUCGUUUGAUCAACUCGUGCAUUCUCUUAACAUAUUUAAAUUGUAUAAAUAUUAAUAUGUGCCUCUGAAUUUUAUUAUUGUAAACUGAAACACGUCAACUUUGUUUGUUCACCAGAACAAAUUCACUGGGUUAGCUAGAGGUUUUUAUUCUUUAGUGAGCGGUCAGCAAUCAGUUUCUAAGUUGGGCCGGAUAGUUUGAAAAAAAAAAAACACUUUCGGGGGCCAUACAUUUUUGGAGUUUAGCAAAAAAAAAAAAGUUCAAUCUCUUACUAUUUGAUUUUCUGUCUUAUUUAUUAUCUCUAGAAAAAAAAAACGGAUAUUUAUAAAUAAAUAAAUUGAUAAAUAUAUUUAUUUUUGUAUUAAAACACAAUUGUUGUAUAAUAUUAUUUAAUUACUUUACAUAGAGUAAAAUAUAUACAUAUACAAUUUUAUAAUAAUAUACAAAUACACCAAAUUUUAUGUCAUACAUAAUAAAGAUUACGUUCGGACGCUUAGAUAUUCUGGAUCUACGCAGAGACAAAUAAUAAAAACAAUGUAUUAGUUUUACGGCCUUUUUUUUUUCUGUGGACAACUUUUCUACCAGCAAUUUUGCUCCAAUUUACAACGAUAGCACUUUUACUAAAAGGAAAUCUUACUGAGAAGGUACUUUAAAGAAGUCAUUUUUUGAUUUGAAAACCGGGAAAAUUGGAACACUAAAUAAAUAUUUUUAAAGAGAAUAUCUAAUGCCUAUUUAAUUAUUUUACCAUAAUAUGACAUAUUUAUUGUUGUUCGGAUUAUACCAACAUUUCGUUAAAAACAUUUGUAUUUCAGGUAUGAGGUGUGCAGUCACGCACAAAUUCUCCAAAUCGAAGGGAUUUGUCAGUUUGUCAAACUUUUUCAUAUUCUGAUAUUCAAAACAUCGAAAAUCGCCUGUGUAAAUAAUAUAAUUAUUAAUAUUCGAUACAAAAUAUUUAUAUUGUACAUAAAAAUGUUAUUUUUGUAUUUUGUAUUUUAUUUGUUUUUCUAGUCAAAAACCGGUAUUGUAAUAAUUUAAAUCGUUCAUUUUAUUUAUUAUUGUUAUUAUUAUAAUUUCGUUAUAGAUAGAGUAUAAUAGAGUAUAAUGUCUACUAUAAUAAUUAUAUGCUUUGUUUUUUACAUUUUUAAAAUAAAGGUCACCUUUAGUUGACGAUCAAAUACAGAAAACUAAAUAAAAACUACCUAUAAUAAAAUGAAAAAAAAAAAAAAUAUCUUUGUAAAACUUAUACAUUCUUUUUACACUCAGAGUCUAAAAGUACUAUAAAUAUCCCUAUUUAUGUUAUAAAUAGGGCUCGGAUUUAUAUGUAACUACAUAUUUUCCCUGUGACAUGUUAAAUUAAUUUCAGCAAGUGAUUAAUUUGUUUCAAGUAAUUUUCGAUUAAAUGAAUAUUUGAUUUUAUAUAAUUUGUUAUGAAUACAUAUUUAUUAAUUUUUGCAUUUUUUUUAUAUAUUUAGUCAAUCUACUUAAGUGAUACUUAUUUUAGUGAUAAUAUUGUUCAGAAAUUGUUUAGUUUUGGUACAUACUUGUUGUAUCAUACUUCAUUACUUCAUGUCAUGACUGUAAAAAAACACAAGUUAAAUGAUACUUUGUUAGAAAAAUGAG